CGUUUAAAAUGUCGGUGACGUGUGUCAUGUCAUUAUAGUUUUUUGCCGAAUGUAAUACGCUGGAAAAAUGGAAUUAUUCAAAGUUUCUUCGCUAUUUGCGCUAUUUUUCUUCUUAGACGUAACUUCAGCUUUAUAUUUCCACAUAGCUGAAGGCGAAAGAAAAUGUUUCAUAGAAGAAAUUCCCGACGAUACAACAGUUAUAGUGAAUUACAAAGUGGAGUUAUAUGACCCGAGAUCGGGAGGUUUUAUGCCAUCGACCCCUGGCAUAGGUAUGCAUGUGGAGGUUCGAGACCCCAAUGAUAAAGUGUUGAUGUCUCGCGUGUACUCGUCAGAAGGCAUGAUCUCGUUCACGUCGGUGACGCCGGGAGAGCACGUUAUCUGCAUGUACUCUAACAGCACAUCUUGGUUCAGUGGUUCCCAGCUUAGAGUGCACCUAGACAUUCAAGUUGGUGAGCAUGCAGUGGACUAUGCCAAUGUGGCUCAUAAGGACAAACUGACAGAGCUGCAGCUUAGAAUCAGACAGCUGCUUGACCAAGUACACCAGAUCACAAAGGAACAGAGCUAUCAAAGGCAUCGUGAGGAGCGUUUCAGACAGACUUCAGAGAGCACAAACCAGCGUGUGCUCUGGUGGAGUCUUCUUCAAACUGGUGUGCUUGUGGGCAUCGGCUACUGGCAGAUGAGACAUCUCAAGAGCUUCUUUGAAGCAAAGAAAUUAGUCUAAAUUAUUCAUAAUAAACACUUAUAAGUUUA